AUGUUUGGUUUAAGUAAAUUUCAGGGUUCCUCCCGGAUUCGCAGCAGAUCCUCAAUGGCCACGGAAGGUUUGGGAUUAAGACAUCUGACAAGAAACUGGACAUCUUCUUCGGACUGUUCAAGUGCCACUUCACGACUUUACGUUGUUUUUAUUUUACUCCUGCUGUUGUUCACACCAAGGGUAGACUCAUCGUGGUGGUACAUCGGGGCUCUGGGGGCGAGGGUCAUCUGCGACAACAUCCCAGGCCUGGUCAACAAGCAGCGGCAGCUGUGCCAGCGCCACCCGGACGUCAUGCAGUCCAUCGGCGAGGGCGCCAAGGAGUGGAUCCAGGAGUGCCAGCACCAGUUCCGCCACCACCGCUGGAACUGCAGCACGCUCGACCGUGACCACACCGUCUUCGGCCGGGUCAUGCUGCGCAGUAGCCGCGAGGCCGCGUUCGUGUACGCCAUCUCCUCGGCCGGCGUUGUCUACGCCAUCACCAGAGCCUGCAGCCAGGGGGAGCUGAAGAUCUGCAACUGCGACCCCCACAAGCGCGGCCGCGCCAGUGACGACAGGGGCGAGUUCGACUGGGGCGGCUGUAGCGACAACAUCAACUAUGGCAUCCGGUUCGCCAAGGCCUUCGUGGACGCGCGGGAGCGCACGGUCCGGGACGCCCGCGCGUUGAUGAACCUGCACAACAACCGCUGCGGGAGGACGGCUGUGAAGCGUUUCAUGAAGCUGGAGUGCAAGUGCCAUGGCGUGAGUGGCUCCUGUGCCCUGCGGACCUGCUGGCUGGCCAUGUCAGACUUCCGCAAGACUGGGGACUACCUGCGCAAGAAGUACAAUGGAGCCAUCGAGGUCACCAUGAACCAGGACGGCACAGGGUUCGCGGUGGCCAACAAGAACUUCAGGAGGGCCACCAAGAAUGACCUGGUGUACGUGGAGAACUCGCCAGACUACUGUCUCAUGGACAAAGCAGCAGGCUCCUUAGGAACCGCGGGACGCGUGUGCAACAAGUCGUCCCGGGGGACAGAUGGCUGUGAGGUCAUGUGCUGCGGGCGUGGCUACGACACCACCCGCGUCAGACGUGUCACCAAGUGCGAGUGCAAGUUCAAGUGGUGCUGCGCCGUGGAGUGCAAAGACUGCGAGGAGACUGUGGACGUCCACACCUGCAAGGCCCCGAAGCGUGCCGACUGGCAGGACCACACCUGA